GGUUGCGAAGGGGGGGAGGCCGGUUUUGCCGGGAGGGGGGGGGGGGGCGAAGUUGCUGUAUGCGGGUCUGAAGACUUGGGAGGGUGAACGGUGGACAGCUGACCGAUGACGGGAGGAGAAAGAGGGCCUCCACCUGCUGUGGUUGAGGGGACUUGAAACAGGAUGGAUAGACAUAAGAUGUCUAUAAAUAAAGAGAAUUUUGAUGAGGAUAUGAUGGAUUUUCAGGAUCUUUAUGCAUCUCCUGCAAAAAGUGAUGCAAGUUCGGUUGAUAUAUAUGAUGGAUUAGACAUGGUAACUCUACCAGAGCAAGCAGCUGAAAAAAGCAGUCCUUCAAGAAAUUGUUUGGACCUUUAUGAGGAAAUCUUAACAGAGGAAGGAACUGCUAAGGAAGCUUCAUUCAAUGAUCUAAGUGCUGAGUAUGAGAAGUGCCAGAGACAAAUGAAACAACUUAUUGCAAAGCUGAAGGAAAUGCAGUCCAUGAACUCUAGUCUGCAAAAUGAAAAUCAGUGUUUAAAAAAGAAUAUUUCUGCCCUUAUUAAAACGGCAAGAGUAGAAAUUACACGUAAGGAAGAGGAGAUCAACCAGCUAAAUCAGAGGCUGGGUGCUCCAGGAAGGAACCACAGUUUCAUACCCAACCCACUACCAUUAUUGAGUAUAAAUAAAUCAAAAUCUAAUACUGAUGACCUCUCAAAAAACAGAAGAAACACAGAAAGAGUGCCAAAAAAAGACAUGAAUUUGCAAUCUAAAGAUAUAAAUCGCUAUUCUAAAAACCUCUGUGAUAAGGAGAAGACUUGUAUGGAAAACAGCCAAACUUGUACUUCAACAAACCUGAUUGCUAAGAAGUGUAAGGAGAGCACAGUACACUGUUUACAGGCACAAGUGUUAGAGCCGCUUUGCUUAGAACUAAAUAAGAAUAAAAAGGAAAAGGUUUUGGAAAGCCAGAAUAAGGACACUGAGAGAAAUCGAACAAAGGAAAAAUCCAAAUCCAACUUUGCCAAUUUAGUAAACUCUGAUGUAAAAGAAAAGGCAUGUCAGUCACUUGUAAAAUGUGGAAAAAAUGAAUCCUCACAAGAGAACAGAAAUUCACAGUCUGAGGUUGGCCGUGAGACAGAGAAUCGUAAAUACCAUUCAGGUUCCAAUAAAGAAAAAACUCAGUUGAAAGAGCUUGAUUAUUCUAAAGAAAAACAAGUAAAAAAAUAUGACACAUCACCACACAGAAGGGAGUCCAGAACAUAUGGAAAAGAGAAAAAUGCAGAAUCAAUGCAUAGAACAGCUGAGAAAAAUGAAGAGCCAAGAAGGUCAAAAAGAACACAUUUUUCAACCCCAAAGGAUGAUGGUUCCCAUAAGUUACUGGAGCUGAGCGAUGCCAAAAAAAGUACUGAUUCUGGAAGAAGGGAAAAGCGUUCCUCAGAGUACAGUGAAUCAAAACAUGGAAAUAAAGAGUCAAAACCAAGCAAGUCUGAAAAUUCAACAAGAAAUAAGCCAACUCAUGAACACAAAACCGAAAGGUCUGAUUGUGAUAGAAGAGAGAAGAAAAGAUCUAGAGAUGAACAAGAUAGAAGUAGACAUGACCGAAAGGAUAAAGAGCAACCAGGGAAAGAAAAAGACAUAAUUAAGUCAUCAAGCAAAGAAAAAGGCUUGCAUUCUAAAGAAAGCGAUAAGAGCAAAAAAAGCGAAAAAACGAAAGAAGUAGUUGGCAACCAAAAGGACUUUAAAUUGUCAUUUAUGGAGACCCUUAAUUUAACACUUUCUCCUGCUAAAAAAACAUCUGAUGACACACUAGUGCUCUCCCAUGCCUCUAGUAUGAAAGGCAAGGUUGAGGGAAAUGUAGCUGAAGGCUCUUCCCAGCUAUGUGUGAUUGAAAACAAUACUGACACUCUCCAUCCUCUGAACACUGACCUGAGACACAGUGAAUUUGCAUCAGUGGAUGAUGUUACAACAAAAGCUUUAACUAUAGAAGAUUCCAGACUGGUGUCUCAUCCUGAACCUGUUGCAGACACAACAGUGGGUUUAAAUGAAGAGCCACCAAAAUCAUCUGUUGAUGAGAGCAGCGAGUUACUGACUAAAUUGACUGUAGAAAAUAAGCAGGUUGUUUGUACGGAUUUGGAUAAAGUGAGUUUGGAAGAGUUGGACACACACAGUCUUGCAGAUGGUUCAGAUUUUAUUGAUCUUGAUUCAUUUAUAGAAAUUGACAGAUGCAGCGGAAGUCCUACUUCUGAAACUCCUAAUGUGUCCAUUACUGCUGAGCCGAUUCAAGAUGAUGGCCGUAUCACAGAGCAAAGUGAAGAUGCAGACAACAAAGCAAUCCCACUGAAAUCAAAUGUGACUGAAAUCCCAAAAGGUAUAUGUGAAUCAUCAGAUACUGACCUUGUGAAUGUAAGCACAAAAGGAAUUGAGAAUAAGCCUUGUUUCUAUGAUGAAGGCUCCAUUGACUUAAACUUUAUAAGACAUAUUCCAGAAGUCCUCAGCCCAUUGAAAAGCCCAAUCCGGCCUAAAGCUCAUCUGCAUACACUUGAGCGCACAGCUAAAGCUUCUGUAGUGAGCAUUUUACAUAAAGAAUUGCUGCCAGAGACAGACACCAAAACCACCUGUUUAUUGGUAUCUGAAGAAUUGAACAAGGAAAACUGUCAUCCAGAUAACCAGUCAAACUUUGGCUGUAAAGUGGCUACUCCUGAUGAAGUUGAAGAAGGGGAGAUUUUAAGUGAAGAUGAGCAAAUAUGUAAGCAAUCAGUCCAGCCUACAAGUAUUCCUAGCCAACUGGUUUCUGACCAAGUGACAAGUGUGACUAAAAGCCCGUCUGGAAAGGAUGAUGAACUACUGCCUUUGUCCAAACCUGACACACAAAUUUUGCCAACAGAAAAAUCUGUGAGUAAAAAAUCUAAAAUUGACACACAACCAAAGGCAUCAGCAUGUCCAACUAGUAAAGGACGAAAGCUUAGUGCAGACUCCUGCCUUGAUGGGAUUUUAAAAAUAGUUAUCCCAUCAAAUGUACAGGACAUUCUACAGAUGUUGCGAAUAAUAAGAAAACAUAUAAGAAAGAAAUACAUGAAAUUUAAGAUUCAGUUUUCGCUUACCCAGUUCCAUCGGGUACUAGAAGUAGCGGCAUUAUGUUUUAUUACACUGAUAAGAAGUCUAGACUGGAAUACCUUAUGUUCAUCACCAGAAAGAUUGCAGAAAAAACUUUGUAGGCACAUUGAAACCAGAUUGAAAAAGUUAAAAAAGAAUGGAAUUGUAGACAGGAUUUUUGAACAACACCUCAUUGAUAUGAAAAAAAGACUUUGGAAAUUUGUGGAGGAGCAACUUGAUUCUUUGUUUGACAUCCUUAAAGCAGUGAUGAUGAAACUUUGUGACAAGAUUGAAGGAGAAAAAAAUACAGUAGCUUGUAUCAGUACUCAGAAAUCUGAUCCUGUGAAACAUUCUCAAAAUGAUAAAAGCAAAUGUAAGGAUAAAGAACGUUCGCCUUCAAAGCCAAUCUCCUGUUUAAGACGGCUUGCGUUCCAAAGUGAAACAAGAAAAUCAAAAAUGAAGCCUCAAAAUGACAAUAAGGCUAUGCAAAAACAACUUGUAAAAGAGAUAACAGGAAUUGGUUUGAACUCUAAGAAUGUGGACAUCCCUUCUAGCAAUUUCAAUCCAACGCCAAAGCAACCUCAUCUAUCACCUGUGAAGACUUCUAUGUCUAAUGAACAAUGUUCCAAAAGUCAACAAAACUCUUCAGGCUUAUCCUUUAAUUUGGUAAGUGAUGAUCACAUGGGAGACAUUUUUAAGAGCUUACUUCACAAUCCUGAUAACUUGUCACUUAACAUGCCAGAAAGCAUAUGGCUAUUAGGAACUCCAGAAAAAACUGUUUCUUUUAGUCAGAAAUUUGAUGGUGUGGAUUCCCUGUCUGACAAUAAAACCCCAUCCAAAGCGUCUUUUCCCUGGUUCUCAGUCUCUCCUCCACAUGUGCAAACUUUCCCUUGUAUUGAGACUGUCCUAAACCCUGAUGUCUUUGAUGAAAGCUGUUUGUUAGAGAUUCCUACCAGUGCCUCUUCCAGCAAGUCCUUAAGUGGCUCUGAUGAUCGCCUCAAAUCAUUUUCUUCAAUUCUUAUGGAAGAUCUGGCUGUGUCUUUGACGGUUCCUUCCCCUUUGAAAUCAGAUUCUCAUCUUAGUUUCCUUAGGCCAGUUUGUGAUGCAGAGUCUAUAUCAGAAGUUGAUGUAAAGUGUUGUGAGGGGUCAGUAUUGGAUGAAGAAGAUGCAACAGAACAAGACAUCCAUCUAACUUUGGAUUCUGAUAACUCAAGCAUUGGAUCUUUAGAAGAUACUGGGGAAGCAGGUAGCUUUCAGUACCAUCCAAGUGAACCCAUGCAGGCAGUUAUAAUGGAAAAAUCGAAUGACCACUUUAUUGUUAAAAUAAGGCGUGCUGUGUCUUCUAGCUCUCCAGUUUCUGACUGCUCACCAGAAGGGACUGGUAAUGCUGCCUCAAAAUCUGUAAACGCAGAGGAAGGUAGAAAACUCAAUCUAGAUUCAAGUCUGGACACACAAUCAGAAGCACAGAAUAUCUGCAUACUGCUCCAUCCAGAUCACAAAGAUUUAACAAGUUUUACAGAGAGUUUGGUGAUUAAUAGCAAGAGUCCCGAGGAGGCCCAACUCACAGUCCAAGAAAACAAAUCUGUAUUUAAGUUACCUCCUAGUAGAGAAAUCCCAGCUGAAUUGAAAUUACCUGCUGACAUUGUAGAACAUGCUCAUGUAGACUGUGAACAAAAUGUAACACAUUAUAUCGAAGAAACAUGCAGCCCAGUUCCUGCUGCUGACAUAUUACCAAUGAAAACCUUUGAUGUCAAUACUGUAAACCUAAAUUCAAAGAAAAGGAAAUCAGUAGAGGAGAAACCAUUAGCCAAACGUAAAAAAAUAUCUCCUGAUAAGGAUAAAGGUACAAAGUAUAAUAAAACUGAACACUUACAACUAGAGAAUCCCAACAAAAAGAAACACAAAAGAACUGUUAGCGAUGGGGCUAUAGACUUUCAUUCCUCCAGAGUGUCUCCAACUAGUUUGUCUGCAAAGAACGUCAUAAAAAAGAAAGGAGAAGUUGUUGUUUCUUGGACCAGAGAUGAAGACCGUGCAAUUCUCAUGGAGUGUCAAAAGCUUGGUCCCUCUAAAAAGACAUUUCUCUUUUUAUCUUCAUCUAUGAAUAAAUAUCCACAUCAGGUGGAAGAGAGGUUCCGGCAGUUAAUGAAGCUGUUCAAGAAGAGCAGAAACUCCAGCAGCUGAAAAAUUCUUCUUAUGAUAAUAGACUUUUUGCACAACGAUUAAUCUAAAGGUUGACUCAUGAUAAAAUAACUAAUAGAAAAAUAUCUAAUUUCUGUAAAUAUAUGAGCAUAUGUAUAAUAUAAAAACCUCAAGAAAAUCUAUGAAACAAAAGCAAUGUAGAUAUUAUCUGACUCUGUUUCCAACAUCCGCAGUGUGGCCCAAUUGUGUCAGUAUGUAUGAAAACCUCUUGUAUAUCUGUUUAGGUGAUAAACCUAAUUACUAGCAAUAUUUAUAACUAAUCAUUGGUUACUUAUUCUUUAACCUGGCUCUGGGUUCGUUACACAUUCUUCUAUAUUCGCAGCACCUCCUCCUACUUUUAAAUAAUUUUUUUGCAUUGUACAGGUUUCUUUUUUUGGGUGAUCUUUAGAAUUAGAAACAUGAUUCCUGAAACACUCUGGAUAACUGAUAAUUUUACCAAUUGAACUUCGAUUACUCAAUGCGGUUUCAUUUUGGAGAAAAUGCUACCAGACUUGGAUUUGCAAAUAUUCAACUGAAGGUUACUCAAAAUUAGAGAUGAGCGAAGUUACAGUGAUUCGAUUCGUCACGAACCUCGCAGCUCGGCAGUUGCUGACUUUAGC